GUGAACGAGUGUAACUUCACUAUAAUACAUUUGUUCGCUUUUUAAACCACAAAAUCCAGCGAUAAAGAAGCAGACAUCUGGCAUAUCAGUUUUUAGGAAGGUUUAUUUUCUCUUCACACGUGUUGAUGUGGUUUCAGGAUGGCUAAGUGGAAAAGUUUUGCUGCUGCUUGCUGGGCUGCGAGUGUGCGGACGGGAUUUUUAACCCUCAGCUCCUGUUGAUUUAUCUCCAUUAUAACUUCGUGUUUUCGGACUUAACCGCCCCGCCACAUCUCUGCUAUGGAGCAAAGUGUGCGCCUUCUGUUGCCUAGACAGCCCGAGUCUUUAUUUUGACGAGCAACGUUCAGGAUUCUUAUGAAGCAGCGCAUCCUUGAGUGUGUUUACAGGCCACUCUUCUGUCUCUGUGAAACAUACACACUGCGGGUGAGAUGGUGAGGUGUGACAGUGGUGUGUGUUGGCGAGCGGAUCAGGAUUGUUGAUGGCUGAAUUUAGGAGUCCUGUGGUAUACUGAAGGAUCAUGGGUAGCUGUUGUAGCUGUCCACAGAAAGACAACAUCCCUGAUAAUCACCACAGCAAAUUCAAGGUUAUUAAUGUGGAUGAUGAUGGAAAUGAGCUGGGUUCGGGUGUGAUGGAGCUGACAGGGGCGGAGCUUAUCCUGCACACGCGGAAACGGGAUGCGGUAAAGUGGCCAUACCUCUGCCUUCGUCGCUACGGUUACGACUCCAACCUCUUCUCCUUCGAGAGCGGCCGGCGCUGCCAGACCGGACAGGGUAUAUUUGCUUUUAAGUGUGCUCGUGCAGAAGAAAUCUUCAACAUGCUGCAGGACAUCAUGCACAACAACAGCAUCAGCGUGGUGGAGGAACCUGUACUGGAGCCAGAAUUACCUAUAAUCCCCUACAGUCCCACCACUCCUGGUUACUCGGUGCCAUCCAUAGCCAAUGGGAUGAACCGUUUCCCCUCCAUUAGUGAUGCCUCCUCGCGACCCUGUAGCAGGUUACCAUCUGUGGAGUCCACACAUCCACUGCUAAUGAAUGAUGAAAUGGUACACACAUAUGUCAACACACCUGGCUUGCAGGAGGAACGUCGUGGCUGCAGCAGUGGACAUGCCCCUUUGGAUUUCCGGCCAUCCAAUCCAGAAAGCCUAUGCUCCAUUUCCCCCAGUGAGACAGAAGCAGUGCGGCUGGUAAUGGAACUGGAGAGUGUGAAGUUUGUUUUGGGUCCGACUCCAGUGCAGAGGCAGAUGAUCCUGAAAGAGAAACAGUGUGAGCGAGAACUUUCAGAAGAACGUAAUGCCCUGUCUCCAACCGGCAAAGAAUCCGUCAAAUUUGUAAAUGGCUGCACAAAUCCAACUAUUGACCCUGACACGGGUUACGAUAGCGAUGAACGUAAAGAAGCAUCUCAUGAACAGCAGAAUGAUUUAACUUUUAGGCGUCCUCGGCCUUUGAACCCUGUUAAUCUGAUUAGCCCUGCUCCUGAUUCCCACAAUGCAAUUGGGCAACGUCGGACUGCGCUUCUAAACUACGAAAACCUUCCAGCACUUCCGCCUGUUUGGGAACUUCGCAAACCCUCCAGUGAAGGAGAUCAGGGGGCAGAGCUUAAAAGCCCCACCCUAAAUGGUUUUGACCCUGCUGACCCCCAGCACAACUACGUAAACACGGAAAACGUCACGGUACCAUUUAGCGCAAACAAACCCCGAGAAAUGAAUAUUUUCAGUUUUGACUUGCGGAGGGCGCCGGCGGGUGAAGCUUGUCGCCAGCUAAACUACAUCGAGGUGGAGAUGGAGAAAGGCUCAGACUCCAGCGGCCCCCAAACCCCCAAAACACCCACGACCCCUCUUCCCCAAACCCCCACCCACCGGACAGAGCUUUACGCCAUUAUAGACAUCGAGAGGACAGCUGCCAUGUCCAGCCUGCAGAAAGCGCAGCCACGGGACGACGGAACUGCCAGAAAAACGAGACACAACAGCACUGACUUGCCCAUGUGAUCUAAACAAACGCACUCAAACACUGUCACUGCCAUCCUGAAUCACACACCAACGCAUGUAAAUGCAUUUGGAAUGUAACCACUCCUGCCCCCAGAAGCAUAUUUGGGGCCUUUGCUAGCCAUGCUAACAUUAAAUAUUUUAAAUACAAAUAAGAACAUUUUAGAUAGUUUUCAAAAACUUAAUGACACACCAGUACUUGUAUAUGCAUUUGGAAUUAACCCUGCAAGCAAAUACUACCUGCUAGAUGUUUCGGACUCUUAGCCUAAAAUGGUAAGCUAAUCUAAAAUGCUUUUAACACAGUUCCAGUUGUUUUGUUUGUCAGUUUUCAGCUACUUUCAUCAAUCACACCAAGAUAUAGUAAACAACCCCCUACAUCCAUACAAGCAUACACUGCCUGCUAAGGUUUGAGAGCGACUUGCUAGCUUUUCAAUGCUUUUAAGCUAAGCUAGCAUAAAAUUUUUAAAUACAGGUGAUCAUGUUUCUUUGUCAGUUUUCCAGGCAGUACUAGAUCCCACACCAAUACAUACAUUUGGAAUUUAUACACACUGUAGUGGCAUACGCUGCCUGCUAAAAGAUGGAGGACUAAGUCAAGCUGUUUUUAAUACAUCUAAACAUGUUUUCUUAGGCAGCUUUUCGUAAUAGUCACUCACCGGUAACCGUAUAUGCAGUUAGAGUUAUGGUCACAACCUAGGGCUGAGAGCUGAUCCCCCAAAAAAUAGAUUCCUUGAUUCCAGGCAUUUGGGAAUCUAGAGUCUCCUAAAGUAUUCUGACUCAAUUCCAUGCAGUGAAGUUUGAGUUUGCCUCACGUUGAGUCUCAGAUUUUCUGCUGUAACUGAAGUGUAAAAUAAGGUAAAGUAUGAAGUUUGUAAAGAAAAUUGGCUCACAGUUAAACAUCACCAGUAUAUAUACCCAACUGAAGGAGUUUUCCAAGGAGUUUUCCAAGGAGAACCAGGUACACCUUAGCCUGAGUAAGCUAGCGAUACCUUUCUGAAAGUCCGUGCUAAAAUAUAAUGCAUGUUGCUUGUAUAGUAAUAUUUGGAAUUGACAAUGUUUGGAACUAACUCCAUAGAUUCCCAUCACUUUCCUGGAAUCAAACAGUCCUACACCAACCCUCUACAUUCCUACCAGCGCACAAGCCUGCACAAGUGUUUUGGAGACGUAGCCUAGCUUUUUAAAAUGCUAAGUUAACAUAACAUGUUUUAAUACAACCUUAAUAUGUUUUACUUGUCUUACUUGUUUUAAAAAUGUCACUAGACACACAUGGAUACUUGUAAAUGCAUUUAAAAUGAUAGUCUCCACUCCUGUGUAUACACUGUCUGCUAAGAGAAUAUAGACUAAGCUGGCUAAGUUAGCACACGUCGAUUUGUCAGUUUUCAAUAAUAUAAUGAAUGUCAUUUGUGUAUACAGUCAUAAUUAUAGUCACCACACUCUGCCCCCACAAUCAUCUACUGCCAGUGAAACAUUUGGGGGGACACUUAGCCUAGCUUUUUAAAAUGCUAAGCUACCAUAAAAUGUUUUAAUCCAAAUUAGUUUCUUCAAAUGUUUUCAAUCAUAUAAUUACACGCCAGUAGCUAGAUACACGUCUGGAGUUACAUCACUACCCCUGCCCCCUUGAUGCGUUCACUGCCUGAUGAAAGAUUCAGGGCUAAAAAAGUUUUUUUUUAAUGCAAAUUACCUUGUUUUCUUUGGUAGUUUUGAAUAAUGUAGACACGCAUUAAGAACUGUGUAUGCAGUUAUAGUUCUAGCCACCAACCCUCUCCAUCUGUGAACACACUGCCUGCUUGAAACGUUUGUUACACCUAGGCUAGCUUUUCAAAAUGCCUAGCUAAAUAGUUUUUCAGAGGAAAUGAGCGCCAUUUAUUACCGUGUUCCUUUAUAUCUUUACUCAAGUACGUGAGUUCAUUUGUUUUGUCAUAAUCACAAAGAUUUAUGUGUUGAUAGUAUUUUAAUCCAAGUAUGCAGGUAGUUAAUAUUGAAUGCUUUUAAACAUGGCAAACCAACAAAGAAUCAUGAUCAUUUGUAUUCAGAUAAUUUGUGGAGUUAGAUGUCUCUAGACUUAUGAAGUCUGAAUGUUACUAUUAGAGCUAGGCCUUCAGUUUGGGCCAAAAAUGUCAACGCUCAGUCAAAAAUGAGGGGAAAAACACAUCGACAAUAGUUUUCAUGAUCAAACACAGACAUUUGAAGCUUGUAACUAACAUAUAAAUUUUUUUUUUUUUCCUCGGAGCAGGCCAACAAAAGAGCACUUCCAUAGAUCUGCUGCUGUUUUCUCUUUGUAACCACUGACUGAAAUCAGUUCUAAUAAGAAAGGCCGUCCACGUUACGGCCAAGGCAGUUAAUACCAGUCCUACAAGACCAGGCUCCAAUGGGGAGAGAACAGCCCGUUUCAAAACAUUUUGAAGUCACUGAUAAAAUGUGUUCACCGCUUUUGUGAAUCUCCUCAACGAGAGGGGCUCUUGCGGCUUAAACAACAAGCUUAUUGGCUCAUUUUAUUGAAAGGCAGGGCUCUCCUAACAAACCGACGCUGUGUUUAGGGGUACUAGCCUUCCCCAUUCACAUUUAAAACAUUGAUCUGUCUCCUCCUUGAUACCAUUUGCUGUAGAGUGUCUGUCAGGCUGCCACAUUGGUUCUAACCUUCAGUGACAGUUUCCAGUUUGUUCUUACAAAAUUGUCCCACUCAUUGGAAGUCAAAAUCUUCACUUCAGCUUCUGAAGGUCUAGCCAGUGGCAGAGCUUGUUUGGCUCCAUCUGAGAUACCACAGAGAAAAAAAAUCCUGAUUGCCUUAAGAUUUUAACCCUGUUGUUUCCAACAAAAACCUAAUUAAGAUUAUUCUAAACAUACAGCAAAGCCCAAUGAUUAGAUAAAAUAAAUUGAACAAGAAAUUAUAGACACACACUUUGUCACAGAAAUCAUUAGGCCUUCUCUAAAAGCCCAGAAGCCACUAAGGGUUUCAAGCUGGUGUAUGUAGUAGAGCCCCGGAGAGUUAGUUUUUCCUGGAUAUUAUAGUUUACUAAUGCAGCGUAGAUUAAAGAUGAUCUCACAAGUUCUUUAAUGUCCGACUGAAGAGAGUGAGCAGCAUAUUAUUUUGGCGGCCGUUGCUUCAUCUUUCAGUCCUGUGUUCACUCCUCUUUAUUUUAGAUGAGCACCUGUAGUGAAGCAAAUCAAAGGAAUACUCCAGUGUUUUCAUCCUUAUCUUCUGUACAGUCAUGUGCAACGCAAUUUUGAACCUUAAUUUUCAAAUGACAUGAUUUUAUUUUCUAAAUUAAUAUAAGUUGAACCUUCUCUACAGAGAACAAUAUCUUCUCUCUGUAGAGAACAAUAUUGUAUGGUUCUCUAUAACCUCUGUAUCUGUUCUCUGUAUUCUCUACAGAGAACAACGAUUCUAAACAGAAUCAUUUCCUUUACUAAAGAACCCUUGAAGAAGUUUCACCAUGUAAAGCCAGCCUUAGGAUGAAACAGACUUACCAAAGCUGUUGUUUCGCUCUGCCUAUGUGAACCAAACACACUGACUGAGCCAUCAGUGUAUUUAGGGCUUUAUUUUGUUUAGAUUUUUUUUUUUAUACACACACUUUUUACACAGUUACUGAUGCUUCAUCAGGCACUGAAAGGGCUGAAGGAAUUAACCUGAACAGGUACUGACCAAAUAACACUACACUGUAAAAAGAUUUAUUAUAUUAACUGCUAACUUAUUAAUAGAAGUUCACUAAAAUCACAAUUUUAAGGCAGCCAGGUUUCUGCCAGGUGCAUUUUGAGUUAACCUUUUUUGUUUGUUUGUUUGUUUUUUACAGUGUACAAAUUCUGCAAGGCUUUGUUCAGUGAGUGAGAGAUUAUUACCAGCAUUAAACAUUUACGGAUCUGUGGAAUGAGAUUGUUUAUCACUUGCUUUACACUUCUGGAGUCAGUUGUGUGCCAGAAGAUUUUGACAAACCACAAAAUAAAGCCUACAAACCAAAUAUAAAGCAUGAAAAGCUACAAUUUAUGUAAAAGUCGGGAUGCUGUGCACAAUGUAAAUAAAAAUAGAAUGCAAUGAUAUGCAAAUGAUAUACACCAUAUUUUAAAGGAAAAUACU